ACCGCUUUGAUCAUAUUUUUGUUUAUAAUACAUUAAUAUAACCUAUCUCUCUGUUCGUGAAACGAUCGGGACAGUGUUUGAAAAAAUAUAUAUUUUUCAUUACUCAUUUGUUAUCUUCUUAUGUUGAUGUGCCUUGAGAUAAAAUAUUUAAAUUUUUUUACCUUAUUUUGCGUUGAUUCUAUAAGAAAGUUGUUAUUGUUAUCAAAAUUAUCUUAAACAAUUCUCAUUAUUUUCGCGCUAAAAAAAGUGUCACUUAAAUAGAAAUAAUUAACAUAUCUAUUUAAUUGAAAUUAUAUAAUUUAAAUAAAUAAAACUUAAAACCUAUAUAUUUUAAGUAUAAUAACAUUUAUAAAACAAAACCUGUGUGAUGACUGAUGAGUGUUAUUAUUGCUAACAUUAACUUUUAAUAUUUAAUCAUUUGUCAAAUGUUAAAUUGGAUUUGUUGUAGCCUACCUAUAAUACCUACUGUUCUUGUGAUCUUGUGGGUGUGCCAUAAACCAAUAUAACAUGGAAGAGCUUAAAUUAGAUCAUGUUUCCCUAGUGAUUGGAUAUCAUCCCCGCUAUUUAGAACACUUCUUACGAACACAAGAUUUUAUAAUGCGUGGUGAUGGACCUCUUCCAUACGAUUACAGAUACUAUUUAGCAAUAAUUGCUGCUGCUCGUCAUCAAUGUCCAUAUUUAGUUAAAAUGUAUGAAAAAGAGUUUCUCGAUCAGGGUGGAGACGUAAGGUGGUUGAGUGGCCUGGACUUCAUACCACCUAAACUACGUGCCAUAUAUGAUAUGAACAAAUUAUUAGCUCAUAGACCUUGGCUGUUACGCCAAGAACAUAUUGAAUGUCUAACUAAGGGAAAAAGUAGUUGGUCUGUGUCGGAGGUAGUUCAUGCUAUGGUUUUACUCUCCCAUUUCCAUUCAUUAUCUUCAUUUGUGUUCUCAUGUGGUCUCACACAACAAUUAGAUAGUCUUUCUAGUCCAAAGUCAACAUCCCCAACGCAAAAGACUGUCCUAAGUAAUUUACCCAUAGACAAUAAUAACGUCAUGGAUUUAAAAUUGACAUCGAACAACAAUCUAGAUAAAAAUGUAUCAACUGUUGAUGGAAAAAAUGGACUUAGUUCAAAUGCUGGCGUACAAAAUAAAUCAGGAGUUAGUGUGGAAGCUUUGAUGGAACGCAUGAAAGUUCUAUCUGAAAAACCAGAUGAAUGCAGCGAAGCUGAAUUAAGUAAUCGAUUUAAAAGUGUAGAGCUUCAAACAGCAGAACUCCCAUCUGCACCUGCAGAGAAAUCAAUUGAGGUUCCCCCAAUAAUUAACCACUAUAUUGAUGACCCCAGUUUUACAUAUCAAGAUUUUGCACGUCGUGGUGGUGAAAAUAUACCCAAUACCUUUAGAAUUCAGGAUUAUUCCUGGGAUGAUCACGGUUAUUCACUAGUGAAUGGGUUGUAUGAUGAUGUAGGUUAUUUAUUGGAUAAUAAAUUUCGUGUUGCAUAUAAUCUUACCUACUUUACGAUGGGCGGAAACAAAAAUGUCGACACAUCAAAAUUUAGACGUGCAAUUUGGAACUACAUCCAGUGUAUAUAUGGUAUAAGACAUGACGAUUAUGAUUAUGGUGAAGUAAAUCAACUUCUUGACCGUCCUCUGAAAAUGUUUAUUAAAACCGCUUGCUGUUUUCCUGAAAGAAUUACAAAGAAAGACUACGAUAACAUACUCAUGGAACUCUUAGACAGUGAAAAGGUUCACGUUAACUUAAUGAUUAUGGAAGCAAGAAAUCAAGCUGAACUGCUGUAUGCAUUACGCGAAAUAAUGCGCUACAUGACAUGAUCUCAUCUAUUUAAUAAGCCGUGUUUGUAAUUGCAUUGCUAAUUAAUUAAUUAAGUGACCUCGAAAUGCAAAUCGGUAUUCCUUUUUGCAGAGACUUAGUGUGGUUCUAAUGCAUAAUAUUAUGUUUCGCAUUAAUUCAUCGCGGUAAAAUUUAAAAAAAAAAAAAAAAAAGAAGAA